AUCAGAUUAAAACAAAAAUGGCUGCUGUUGACAAAUGGCGCACGAGUUUGAAUGAAACUAGUUUUUGCAAGAGAAUUCGUGAAAAUAAUGCAAGGGAGUCGCGGCAGAACACCCAGUUAGAGUCCAAAGGCCUGACUGCAGUAAACGACAACGACUUGUUCAUAUGGGACAACUCGUCAACUCAUUUAAUCAAUUAUAAUUUGCAGAACUUGACAGAAAUUUCGGAUAGAAAGAGCAGGUUUCAGGUUUUGCAGUGUACAGACAGUCCCAAGUUCACUGUAGAAUGGUUGGUAUGGAACAUCACAAAGACACACCUUACACUCUGGGGUCAACUUGGGGUCACAGUGUUAGAGCUGCCUCAGAAAUGGGGAAAGUUUGCAGAGUUCCAAGGUGGUAAAGAUGUUGUAGCUUGCAAGAGCGUAUCUGUAGCGGAGUACUACUUCUCCAGUCAUCAAAGUAUUCGCCUCCUGCAGGUGGCGUGGCAUCCAGGGAGCAGUGCUGAUACACAUGUUGUAAUUCUGACAUCAGAUAAUUUGAUUAGUAUAUAUGACAUCAUGGAACCAGGACGUCCAGUGCAAACGGUUUUCCUUGGUGAUAACGAACCGUCAUAUGGUUUAUCAUUGUCACGUCCAUUGUCAAUCAGUGGGGCACUUGGUGAUUACAUCAUGAGCUUUGACUUCGGGCUUGCUGUGGAUGUUGAGAAAAAGUCAGGGUCGUACCGCGCCGGCAAGACAGAAACUCGGACUGUGUGGCCAGUUUAUUGUGUACGUGGAAAUGGUGAUGUCAUUGUGGCAUAUACUGAUCUCUCAGAUAGUCCUGUAAAGCUGCCUGUACAUGGUCCACUGUUAAUGUAUCCGCCGGCGGAGGAUAACUACGGUACUGAUGCCUGCUCUAUCCUGUGUCUACAGACCACACCUACUGUGGUUGUCAUAACAACCUGUGAUGGCAGGCUGCAUCAUUGUGUUCUGUUACCUAAAGAUCCUGAAGAAACGACAUUGCAGUCAGAGGAAUCGUAUACAAGUAUAUCAAAGGAAUCGUGCGCGUACCAGUCUCCAGACGAGAUGUUGCUGUAUGUAAACGAGACAGUUGAGCUAGAACUGUCCCUUACCACAGCACCUAUACAAGGAGCACAGUCACUCGACGAUAUUUUCACCUGUCCAAUACGACUUAUUAAAGAUAUAUCUAGUCCAGAUAGAUACCACUGUUCUCAUGCUGCUGGAGUUCACACUGUCGUCCUACCUUGGAUAAAUAACUUGCAGAGAUUUUGCUCAGAGGAGGAAGAUGAGGACAUGUUACCGUCACAUCAGCAAUCUAUAGUGGAACAUCUCAUCUGCACUAAACCUCUACCAAACAGUCCGCCAUCACCUGUGUUAGGUCUAUCCCAGGUCAAGGACACUGUCAUAGGAACCAAUUUGUUAGCACUAUCAAGUGACUAUGAAUUUCAGUGCCUUAGAUUGAGUGACAUGCGACCCAUAACCACAGACACAAGCCUUCAGUCGUCUACACGGGGACGUACCAUUCCGUCACCACUCAGAAAAAUAUCUAGAGAGCCUUUUGAUGAUAGAAUACGCAAAAUUCUCCAGAAGAAAACAUCAAAUCCGUUGCUAAAGUCAGGAUCUAACACACAGAUGAGUCAACAGGAAUGUUUCCAGCUACUGAGCAGGGCUACUCAGGUGUUCAGGGAGGAAUACAUACAAAAACAAGAUCUAGCCAGACAAGAAAUUGAGAGGAGAGUGACAAUGUACAAGGAUCAAAAAGAGCAACAGGAGAGUGACAUACAAACAUUACAAGAAUCACGUAACAUACUGUCAAAUAAUGCCGAACAACUUGCUGUAAGCUGUGAAGAAUGCAAGGAGAAACAGGAGGAAAUUCUCAAAAGAAUAGAGAAUGUAAUGCGUAAACUGCAGGCCAGAAUACCAUUUUUAUCAGAGGCAGAGAGGGGUAUGAAACGAGAACUAGAAAACAUAGAGGAAAGACUGGAAACUUAUCAGAACAGUUUAAAACAGUUGGAGGUAAAGAGAGAGUAUCAAGACAGACAGAUAAAACAGAUCAGGAAGUCCAACCAGCCAAGUCCAUUGAUCAAGGAGAAACAGAUGUCACAACUGAAAGAUGUCCUCAAACAGGAGGGUGAUGAUUUGGCAGAACUUAUGAAGAAAUUAAACCAGUUAAAGAUGGAGGCCAAUGUUAGAUAAUGUUGUACAGUGGAAUAGCACAGAAAUGUUGAAAAAACUGACUCCAUCUACGGAAGAGUAGAUCUCCAUGUUUUGACACCUAGUGUCCCUGUGCAGUGUCAUUGCUCGUGGAGUUCUUGAAACAGUGUGUAAAGCCUUAAAACUGUAGCUCAUGAUAAAUAUCAGAGUGAAAUUAGGAUGUUUCAGGGACACCGAUAUUCAUGCAGACCAGGUGGCUGUGAAGAAAUGGUAUUGAUAUAAAUGCUCUGUGCAAGCUCCAGUACACACCACUAAUGAAAGACAAUUUUAUCUCGCAUAAAUAUGCAAGUUAUAUUGUGUAAUUCAGUGCUCUCUUAGACACCAGUUUAUACAGCCUGUUUAAAGUUCAUUAAAGUAAAACUAGUUUUAUUGGGAAACUUACCUUGUGCCAUAAUUAAGUUUUUGGUCCAUUAAAUUCCUCUGUGGAAGUGAAAUUUAAGCAUUGGUAUGCUUGAUCUCCAGUGAUGUAUAUUUUACUUUUACCGUGCUAAAUUUCUAAAAUGGACUGGUCCAUCAUUCAGUUUGGGCAGUACCAUUUAUUAUUCAAAGGGGUGUUCACUUAAAAUUUACUGACUGAAUAGCAAACAGUGCAGACCAUGAUCAGCCUGCACAUCCAUGCAGGCUGAUCUUGAUCUGCACUGGUCGCAAAGGCAGAAUCACUAACCACCAGCAGGGUAAAGUAAUUGUAAUUCUGUAGAAUAAAUGUUGAAUGCUGAAAUGUUUCAAUACAUUGUUACAGUUUGGUGUUGAUGAAUGUUUCAGCAGAAUUUCAUGGUAACUUCUGUCAGUAAUAUCCAGUAAACACAAUAAAAAUUAUGUUGAGCACAAGGGGCUACGAAUGUAAAUAAUAUGAAUUAUUAAAUUUUCCAGAAAAUA